AUGUCAAGCUCUCCCGAGAGGAAAAGUGGUAAGGCGUCAAGUAGUCCGAGUCGGACCAGAGGUCCUGUCAGAUCUUUGAAAGCUUGUGAUCAGGUUACCCAUCGUCGUGGACCAAAGCGGAAAGUAUCUCGUCUCGUUUUGGAAAAUAAUAGUAUCAGUCCACAUUCUCGAUCUAUACCUGUUGAAACAUCCGAUCCACAAACUUGUACCGAAUCUGAUGUUGAAACAUCAUGGACUUCACUUCAAAGUCCAGCUGGUCCUUCUUCGUCUAUAAGCUCACAACCAUCAACAUUAAUUCCUGCACAUGCCGGUCCCAGUCAGGUUCCGACAUCUGUGGAUUGGACCACGGAUUCUUUGAUGGGAUUUCCUCUUUCAUGGCCAGAGUGGACAUUUGGGGAAUUCACUCCGAGAGGUUCACCAACUCCACAUGAUCCAUCUACAGGACAAACAGAUGGGGAUCUCACCAAAGAUAUCACAGCUUUUUUGGAAUCUCAUCCGAGGAUGCCAGCUCCACAAUCGGAUACAGUUGGCGUAGAGUCCGUAGUCGAUAGCGCUUGUGAACAUUUAUCUGAUCAUCAUCUCAUCAAGGAUCUUCAAAUGCCUGAAGUGGAUGAACUGGUUCGACAAAAACUUCAAGUUUUCUUCGCGUACCUAUGGUGGUACGCUCCAAACGUGGAGGAACAAGCUACAUUCGCAGCGUUUGAUAGACAAGAUCACGAUAGAUCAAUCAAAUUUCGAGCUUUGGUACUUGCCAUGGGAGCGAUGGCAACUUCUUUCGGAUUACGACUAGCUGCCAACAAAGAUAAAGUUCAAGGUAUAGCUCAAACAUAUUUGAAGAGUGCUCAGAUGGCCAAUGCUUUGGCUGAUCCUUAUGGAGACACAGCUGUAGCAGACGUUGCCACGGCUCAUAUACUUUAUAUGACAUGUGUUUAUCUGGGAACUGAACAACAAGCUUGGCUUCAUUUACAACAAGCUCUCACUCGUGGACAAUUACUAGGUUUAGAUGCAUGGGAUGAUCCUCCAUUGGAACGACCACAAUAUUGGUCAACAAGAUUAAAGUUGUAUUACACACUUUGUAAUGCUGAACGAUUUCAUGCAUUUCUUCAACCUCGUAUAGGAAACCAAUCUCAAGUUUUACGUUACGCAGGUAGACCAUGGGAGCAUACACAAGCUUUCAGAGCAAGAUUGGACCCUUCAACAUUAUCCCGUUUCCCAAAAUUCCACAUUGAAAUGCUCAAUCUCAUGGAUGAGAAGGUGGUUUAUUGUUGGCAAAAACGUUGUGGGGCGGCAUUACGAGGAUGCAACAUGUGGACUAUCGAGCAGAUUAUUCAUCUUCAAAGACAACUCGGACAUCUUUUCGACGAAGCCAUCUCUGGUAGAUUGACAAUGUUCGAUUCUCGACCUGGUGGUGCGGUGGGAGAAACCUCGAAUGUAGUCAUCAAUCUUGCUUGGCUUAGAGAGUGGGUAAUCUGGAUUGACAGCAUCGUUUGGACUAUUUGCAAGACUCACGGGAUGGUUUCUCUCCAUAAUGUACAUCCUGAACUACGCGUCUCCUUCGUUCACGACAAUCUUAAAGCGAUUUGGGAUUUCCGUGAAUCCGGUCUCAACGCAGAGACUGACCCGGCGUUAGACUUCUCUUUCCGUUUACAUUCAAUCACCAUGACGGCGGUAGAAGUAGUGGAACAAUACGGUCGUCAUCCGGGCUCAUCUCAUGGUAAGACGAUCCGAGAUGAAUUAGUCCCAUAUGUUACGAAAUGUUUGAGCCUCUUCCUACAUCUUAAUGGUUCUGGGUCUUAUACGACUCAGCUUGUUAAAGCCUUAGCUAGAUUAUGUUAA